UUCUCCUACUUCCUAGUAUUCAUUUUCAGCUUUCCGAUCGAGAUGAGUGGCUUUCAAGCAAAGUUGAUGGCAGCAGCAGUGGCAUUAUUCCUUCUCCUGGGUGAUUUUCCAGCAAUUCCUGCGUCAGUUCCACAUGGUGGUGGGAAGAGUUGGCAUGUAUCAGACAGUAAAGAUGGCUCAAUGAAGACGGUUUUUAUUGAAGAAGACAACUCUCAAGGUGUGAACAUUAAUGGUAAGAUAACAAUAGCUUCAGCUCUAAUUGAAGAAGGCAACUCUCAAUGUCUGAACAUUAAUGGUAAGACAAUAGCUUCAGUUCCAAUUGAAGAAGACAACUCUCAAGCAGGUCUGAAAAUUAAUGGUAAGAUAAUAGCUUCAGUCCAAAGAGGCCAAAGACUUCGAAAUAUGGUCUAUCUUCCCGACUCACCUCACAUGAAUGAACGAAGAUCACAUUCGCGUACGCCUCUCUUCAACUAGCAUCUGUAACAAAAGACUCUUGAAAAAUUAGAAGGAAAAAAAAAAGUUUUAUAGUUUUCCUAAUUGCAUAUCAAGGUGUCUUAAUUUAGUCUUAAAUCAUUUCUCACCAUGAUCUAUCGGUUCUGACUUUAAGCCAAGAUCGUGGACCUAUUUUAAAGUAACUGUAGUUUUUUCUAAGUAAAUUUAUGGUGAGAUACA